AAAAUAACCUCUUUCGGCGUCGUACAUACACAUACACUGUUAUGGAUUGCGGUAACUGAAGAAUUGAAUUUUUGCAAUAACACUAUAAAAAUGAAUUUGCUAAACGGGUGGUUGAUCAAUAGGAAUGCGGUGUUCCGUAUGAUCGUACGAUUGCAAUCAACGGCUACAUCCACUUCUGCUUCACCGAACCCAGAGAUUGUGAUUCCACACAAAAAAGAAAGAGGACCGACUGAUAUUUUAAGAGCCUUAUCACACACGAUUUCACAUGAUUCAACGGCUGCUCAUUAUAAGUUUCACGAUGAUCCAUACUUUACACCCUUAUCAAUUAAUUCAAAACGUAGAUACGCUCUAGCAAAAGAAUCAGGUAGAAAAGCUGCUAUGUGGAUUCUUCAAGAGCAUGCUGAUCUUUUUCAACAUAGAUUAUCAGAACCUAAAAUAGAGGCAUUUGCUCCACGAGCUGUUUAUGACAAUAAAAAUGAUGCUACAGAAGAUGCUUUACUAAGUGCAAUAAAUCAUGGAAGAGUCACCGAUGCGAUUAAGAUUUAUGAAUUAUUAGAAGGGGAAAUAUCAACAACGGGUAAACAGGCUCUUCUAGAAUUACUUUGUUUUUAUAACUCAACAGACCCACAAAGUAAUGAGUUACAUGAGGAACGUUGGUUUCAAUAUGCACAGAAAAAUGUAGUUCUCUGGAAGGACAACGAAAUAAUACAACAAUUAUUUACAUUUUUAAAAAGACAGGAAGAAACACGUGCACUCGCUUACAAUACUUUGAUUUCUGGGACCGCCAAAUAUCUUCAGGUUAUGACAACAUGGGAUUUAUAUGCAGAGUGCAAAGAAAAAAAUAUCCCUUUGAGUAUCACCACUUACAAUUAUUUAAUAGCAACGAUACCAAACUUUAAAUAUAUUAUGGAAGAGCGAAAAGAGCUACUUUGGGAAAUGUUAAAAGAAAUUAAUACAAAUGGAAUUAAACCUAAUGUUAGAACAUUGAAUGCCGCUUUAAAAGUUGUUACUGCUGCAUCAACUACAUAUUCACAGAAACUAUCCAAGGACCUUGUCAGAAAGCUAUUAACAGAGUUUAAAAAUAUUGGUAUUAAGCCAAGUUUAGCAUCCUACUAUUACGUUCUACAAGCGUUCUACCAACCUAAGGGAACUAUAAGCAACAUCUUAGUAGAAAUUAUAAAAGAAGCAAGAACGCAAGACUUGACUCCACAAGAUCCGCAAGAUAUCUUAUUUUUUUCAACUGCAAUGAAAGUGGCAAAGGAAUAUUUCCAAGAUCGAAGUAUUACUGCAUCGAUACAUGACUUGCUAAUGAAAGAUGACAAUUACAAUUUUAUUGGAAAUGCUGGAAUGGAGGGCUCUUACUAUCGUAAUUACAUGAACUCAUUGCUGGUAACAGAAACAUUUGAACGAUUCAUGGAGAUAUACAAUACAUUGGUGCCAACUAUUUACAUCCCAGAGUCAUCUGUUUUUACUAAUAUAUUGAAUGCAGUUCAGAGUAACUCACCAGACAUUGGACAAUCAUUGAUACCAUUAUUAUGGUCCCAUAUGGUGAUGUUUAAUUUUCUUGACAGGGACACUUUAGUACUUCAGAUAUUAAGACUGAUGAGUGUUGAAUGUCGUCCCGAAAAAACAUCUCCACUGAACCAACAAUUUGCUGAAAUUGCUUGGACUGUUUGGACAUACUUUCAGGAAAAAAAUUCGAAACUAUUGCAAACCAUAAAUUGGCCUAUCGCAGUGUUUGCAUGUGUAACUCAACUUUUAAUACGUGGGGAUCAGUUUGAAAAGAUGAUAGAGCUAAUAGCCUAUGUGACAACGGAAGAGAGCAUUACAACAGGUACUUUACCAGACGAUGCUUUCGAAGAGAUGCUUCUUACCUGUAUCAACGAAGGGUACAUAAAGGAGUGUUUCCUCUUAUUGGAAUAUGCAGUUAAAGUGGGAUAUGAUAACACAAAUAUGCUCGCAAAGAAAAUCUGUCAUACGUUACCAUUAAACUCGACAGAGAAAAAUAAGUUAAUUAAUUGGUUCGGGAAAGAUAUAUUUGAGAUUUCACACACACUUAUUUAAUAAACUGUGAUUGCUUCUUUGUACAUACAUACAUAGAGAUUUAUUUAAUACUUCGCAUGUCAGUGACCCAACAUUAAAUAUCUCUGAGUAAUCCGAUAA